AUGCCCGCCCUGAACAACAUUCAAAUGUUCGAGUACUUAAGUUCCGCUGAUAUCUUGUUGGUAUGGAACAUCCGGUAUAUGAUUGAAGAUGGCCACUUUUCUGAGGAGUUCGUCACUGUGAAGCCCCUGAAUAUCCCAUCCGCAAACAUCAGCGGAAAUAUCACCAAUCCCGAAGGUUUACUUGGUGGGAAUGGUUUGUCAACCAUCCUAACACGCAACGAAGGGGACCCCAGUAUUCCUACUCUGGUUGUCGAUUUCGGGCAAAAUGUUGUCGGCAUAGUGUCAAUCACGUUUUCUGGGUCUUCCAAUGCGUCUGAAGGGUUUCCUGGGCUGAAGUUGGCUUUUUCUGAAACCCAACAGUAUCUGACCAAUACUAGCGACUUCACCAGAUCUGACAACAUGGCCACAGGUGAAAAACUCACAAAUGGAACAGAUCAGAUUGCCGUCUCCAAUGAAGCCUAUACCUGGAAAGAUCACAAUGGUUGCCAGUACAAUGAUAAAGUGUGCUCCGAUGGUCUCCACGGCUUUCGAUACAUGAAAAUUUGGCUUGACGCCCUCGAAAGUGAUGCCCCUUUUACCCAGAAAUACGGAUCCGUGUCCAUCUCGAACGUUGAAUUAGAAUGGUCUGCCUAUCUGGGAACACCGAACACCUUCACUGGGUGGUUUGAGUGCUCUGACGAGGAUCUUACUCAAUGGUGGUAUGAUGGUGUGUAUACUGCCGACAUGGGUACAUAUGUCUUCCUCGCCAACGAGACAGACCCUCGGAACUCAGCCUCCUCCACUUUGGAAGGCAAGGAGGUUCUUUUCGAUGGUGCCAAGCGAGACAGAGAUCCAUAUGUUGGUGAUUUGGCUGUUGCCGCGCUUACAUCGUAUUUAUCGCACGACAACCCUGACGCGACCCGCAACAUACUGGCUGAUUUGGCGAAUCACCAAAGGUCUGAUGGAUGGAUUCCACCUGCUAGCAUCAACAACUACACAUUGGAUCUCUAUGACUACCCCAUGUGGUGGGUUGUUUGCACAGCAGAUCUUGUCAUGUACACCGGGGAUACAGACUUUGCCGUGCAGUAUUACGACGUGAUGAAGAAGACAUUGGACGAUUAUUUUGGUCAGAAUCUCACAUCUAACGGUGGUCUCGUGAACAAAACCAACGGGUAUGGUGACUACGCAUUUCUACCUCGGUCCGGCGUCAUAACCUAUUACAACGCUCUGUACGUCCACGCCUUGAAAUCUGCCGCCACGGUUGCCACGAUCCUGAGGAAUCCUGUAGACAGUCAGAUCUGGACUUCUCGUGCCUCUGCUAUUAGUGAAGAUCUCUUAGCCCGUAACUGGGAUCCAGCCGUCGGUGCAUUCUUCGACGGAGGUCCUUGUCCCAACCAAGCAGCAGAUGCAAUCUGCAAUGUCCACGCGCAAGAUGGAAAUGGGCUAGCUGUGCUAUCCGGCUCGGUAAAUGCCUCACUAGCCACAAGCCUACUCAAUUAUUACGGAAACGCGGCAUCGCAGCCGUAUGGGAAUGCAUUCUACGACAAUGACCUCUUGUCUACUGGUUUCUCCCAGCGAGUGUAUGCAUUUAUUUCCUAUUUCGAGCUUGCAGCUCGUUUUGCUACACCCGGUGCAUCUGACUCAGCCGUCGAAGAAAUCAAGCGCUUGUAUGGCUGGAUGUCGACCCACGAUCCAGAGAUUACUUUCUGGGAAGGUAUUGGCCCUAACGGAUCUCCCUACGAAGAAGGGUUUACCUCCAUGUCUCACGGAUGGUCUACCGGUAUUGUGCCGCUGAUGAGCAACUAUAUCCUCGGUGUUCGGCCCACCGGCCCGGGCUUCAAAACCUGGCAAAUCUGCCCUGUGAGUGAUGGUGGGGAUCUUACUUGGGCUAGAGGAGAAGUCGGGACUCCACAAGGAUCUAUUCUGGUUUCUUGGAGUAAAAAUGCCAACAGGACUUUUGAUCUUCAGAUUGAAACACCAGAGAAUAGUAGUGGGGUUGUCUGUGUACCCAACUUAGGGUUUAAGAGUAGCCGCAUCAUUAUGGAUGGAUCCGAGGUGAAACAGACAGCCAACGUUUCUACUUUUGGGCCUAUUGCAACGACCGGGGAUAACUAUACUUUGAUACAAGUUACUGGAGGCUACCAUACAAUUGUUGUUGGGGCUUGA